AUUGGCCGUCUUAAAAGAGUCCAGUUGCUACGACUCUUGAGCAAGCUCGUCGCCCAUGGAUCCGAACCGGCCGCCCGACAUGCUACCAACGAACCCGCGGUUUGGCGGUGGCCAGAUCCAGCCAAACCCUAGGAGCUCCGGCCACCGGAGGGCCCAAUCCGAGACCUUCUAUCGCCUCCCCGAAGAAUUCCUGUUCGACUCCGACCCCGACUUUAGCCUCGCUGACAUCGAGUUCCCGUCUCUCUCUGAUGACAACAUCUCCGGCAGCAGUUCCACCGCCGCUCCUGCCAUCUCUGCAGACUCAGGGGGAAGAGUUGAGCAUUCGACGGCGCAACCAGUGGCAAGGACUGCCGGAGGUGGAGCUCACUUGAGGAGCUUAUCGGUGGACGCGGCGUUCUUCGAGGGCUUGGGGUUUCAAGGGGCUGGCGUUACUACGGCCGUGGAGAAGAAACCACAACAUCGGCACAGCAGUUCCAUGGAUGGGGCGUCUUCUUCGUUCGAAGUAGAGUCUCCGCCGUCGCAGUCGGAUUACGCAAAGAAGGCGAUAGCGGCGGAUAAGCUUGCGGAGCUUGCUCUGAUCGAUCCGAAGAGAGCCAAAAGAAUUCUAGCAAACAGGCAAUCUGCUGCAAGAUCAAAGGAGCGGAAGAUACGGUACACAAGUGAACUUGAGCGGAAGGUGCAAACGCUUCAGACAGAGGCAACUACUCUCUCAGCACAGCUUACUCUGCUACAGAGGGACACUACUGGUUUAACGACUGAGAAUAGGGAGCUGAAGUUGAGGCUGCAGUCGAUGGAACAGCAGGCUCAUCUCCGGGAUGCUUUGAAUGAGGCAUUAAGGGAGGAAGUUCAGCGGCUCAAAAUAGCAACUGGACAGAUACCGAACGUAAAUGGGAACCCAUUUAACAGAGGAUUCCAGCAAUCUGCUUCGCCUUUCUUCUCUCAUCAACAGCAGCUCCCAAACCAGGGUGGUCAUCAGGCUCAACAGCUACAUUCAGCUUCCAUUAACAACAAUCGAGCUCAUCAUCAUAGCUCAUCUCAGCCACAGACACCAUCGAACGGUCUAGCGUUCAAUGAUCGGAGUGGCAACGAUUCUAUGGACAUAAUGUAAUAGUGGUGAAUCAAAUGUUGAAGAAUUACCCACUUUUUCCGAAUCAGCUGAAGUUGGUAUAUUACAUGUGAAAUGUAAAUCGGAUUAUGCCUUCUGGUGCUUCUUAGGGAAAUGCAGUCAUUUGCAUAAAUAUAUUAUAGUUUAAGAUUUUAUUUGUAUGACAACAAGCAGAUGUCCUUAAUAAUUAUAUUAUCUAGUUGUUGGUGUGCUUCCUUUAUAA